AUGUCUCUGGCUCUUGAAGAUCGGCUCAGCCUGGCAGUGAUGGACGAGGAGCUAGCUGAGUUCUUAAAGACAAACCCGCUGCCCCAAAUAGAUACAGCCGACCCCGCCAAGGUCAUUGCAGGUCUGAGGAUAUACAUGAAAAGCCAAUACAAACCGCCGAGCCCCGAAAGCAAUGUCAUUGAGCGCGACGUGUACUUUUCCAACCGUGACGGGAUCCAAUUACGCGCUCAUGUCUUUGCACCUGCGGAGGUUCCUGCAAACCAAAUGUCUCUGGUUGUCUACUUCCACGGCGGAGGAUGGACUAUUGGGUCUCCUGAAGAUACAGCAACGCCCUGCCGAAGGAUGGUUGAAUUGCUCGGCGUCACUUGUAUUGCACCUGCCUACCGACAAGGGCCUGAAGAUCCGUUUCCAGCCGGAAUAAAUGAUGCGUGGGAUGGAUUGAAGUGGAUUGCAGCAAACGCCGAAGCCGAGCUGGGCGUACCUUUGUCAAGUGGUUUCAUCAUUGGCGGCUCUUCUGCAGGAGGGAACAUGUCGGCAGUCCUUGCUCAUCUUGCACGCGAUGAAAGCUUAUCUCCAAGAGUCACUGGGGUCUUUCUCUUGGCCCCAAUGAUUUUACCGCCUGGGACCAAUGUGAUGUUGCCGGAUAGAUACAAAGAUAUGUACGUCUCUUGCACUCAAGAGGCAUGUAAGUACGACCCGGUUCUCUCACCGGCUCUCGAAAAGAUCUUCCACGACUCUGCAAAGGGUGACGAGCAGUCACCGAUGUUCGUGCCGUAUAUUUGGCCAACGGGGCACCGAGGACUUCCAAGGACUUAUUUUCAAGUUUGUGGAAUGGAUAUUCUUCGCGACGAGGAUCUCAUUUACGAGCAGUCCUUGGCAGAAAAUGCCGUGGAGACGAAGUUGGAUCUCUAUCCUGGCAUGCCUCAUAUUUUCUGGGGUACUUUCCCAAUGCUCAAGCAGAGUAAAAAGGCUGCUUCGGAUUUCAUCGACGGGAUCAAAUGGCUCCUUGAUGGAUACACCAAGAGUUAG